AUGGACCCAUACGUCGCCGGCGGAACCACCCGGCACUCCGGCCGUCCCGAUUGGGUAUUACUUCACAAGUCGGCGCGUAUCUCGGGAUACCGGAAUUCGACCACCGCCGGCUGCCACACGAUGGAGGGCCACCCCAUCGAGGUGUCCUUCUGGCUGGUCGACCCACCGGGAAUCUCCUACUUCUCCGUCCACUGCUCCGGCCUCAACAAGGACUUCCACGACGAGCCCUACAUCCUUUGCGCCGAGGCAGCCCUCGUCCUCUUCAGCGUGACUUUUGUCCCCAUCCCUGGUCGGAGAUCCAUCCAGCACUUCGUCUACCGAGCCGGCCCCGGGCCGCCGUCGCUGGAUCUGAUUCCGGACCCAGACAGGAUCAGAAUAGGAGAUCAAUUUGGCCUCUUACCCUGUGGUGAUUCCGAGCACUAUGCCGUGGUCUUCCUCAACACGAAAUUUGCCUAUAACAAGCCUUGCCGUUCCGAUCUUCACAUCUUCUCGUCGGUGACGUGGGCGUGGAGUAGUAAGGUGCCCUCGUCUUGUUUAUCGGAAGAUGAUCAGGCAUUGCUGCUUAACCAUGGCACCUGCAAGUCGGUCAUGGUAGGAGAUAGCUCACUGGGCUGGGUUGAUCUCUUCAGCGGCAUCGUCCUUCUAUGCGACGUGUUUGGUGAGUGUCCUGUGGUCAAGUACAUCACCUUGCCCGCAUCAAGGAUUCGGCAGACGGACGAGCGUGGCCUCCCUUACUUUGCCUCGGAAUACUGCUGCGAUGUGUCCUCUUGCCGCGACGACGGUCUGAUCAAGUUUGUCGAGAUAGAGUUUGAUGAACCGGAACGCAGGAGAGGCAACCAAGGCUGGAGAGCCAUCAUAUGGGACAGGAUAAUGACUUCGGAUGGUUGGAACCAACGCUUCACAGUUGAUGCUGCUAACAUUUCAGUAGACCGAAGUUAUUCUGAUUUACUGCCUGAGCUAUGGAAUAGCAAGACUGGAGAACCAGAACUGAAGAGACUGAUUUUCUUGACCCCCGCACUGAGCAAGCACGAUGACAAUCUUCUGCACAUGAUGUCUAAGGUUAACAAGGAAGACGACAAGGCCUGGGUCAUCACCAUCGACAUGAAACACAAGGCUGUGGAGGCAAUCGCCCCGUAUUCUACCAAAGGGCGCAAACUUAUUUCAUGGCAUAGUCCAUGCACCUUUCCCAAGUACAUCGACCCGACGACCUCAGGGGAUCACGUGGCCACAUAUUCUACUAAGAGGAUUAGUGCGGCGGACUGUGUUCUGCAGGUGCUGUUGAGUCGAGACUGGUUCAGAGAAAUAGGCAACUGA